AUGACAACAGUGUCGAAAUACAAGCUCACACGAUAUGACGGAGAAACUUUUGUAAAAGAAGUAGAUGUGAACUAUAUUAUGUGGGAACAGCACGGACGAGCAGGCUACAAGUACAGUGCAACAAUGAAAGAGGCUGGGUGUAUUAGUGAGGCGCAGAGUUGGGAAAAGAUGAUACGCGGGUCUACUCAGGAAGAAACCAUGGAAUCAGCGUGGUCUAAAGAGAAUUACCAGAGCUGUUUUCAACAGAAUUCUCCCUUGUCUGUAGCUAAUCUUGAUCAGCCAUAUGAAAUCCUUAACAGCUCUGAAGCCUCCUCGCAUAUUGUGUGGAGUGAUGUCGGCACGUUUGUCUUCACGCUGAAAGUUAUCGAUCCUGACUUCAGCUUCUGUAACCUGACGAUGGAGUUUGGUGUUCAAGUGUACGGCGCAGGGAGCGCGAUGGAAGAGAUUCCUACUUUUGUUGUCCUUGGUUCUUCUUGUCUUGCCACCGUAAUCCUGCUUUUUUCCGGUUACUACACGGCUGUGCUUUGUUCAAACUAA